CACGAGUAUUCUAAAACAUGAAACUCCUUGCCAUUUUGGUGAUUUGCACAGUGUGCGCUCUUGGCUUUGCUGAAGACGACGAAGAAACUUAUGCUUUGAAAUACCUGAACCAGUAUCACUAUCUUGCGCAAACUCGCUCCGGAAACCAUGACGUCAGUACUGCUAUCAGAAACUUUCAGAGAUUUGCUGGUCUUGAGGUAACUGGACAAAUUGACGCUCCAACCAUUGCUCAGAUGAAAAAGCCUCGCUGUGGUAUGCCAGAUAUGGAUGAUGUGAGAAUCCGUCGAUACAAGACAGCCACACCRUGGUCAAAGAAGGAGUUGUAUUACUACAUUGAGUAUGGUCGUGACUUAYCGACGAGAACACAAGACGUAGUUUUCUACUAUGCACUUAAAUACUGGGCCGAYGUCUCUGGGUUAUCGUUCAGACAGGUUGGCCGUGCUGAACAUGCUGAUAUCAAAAUAAGUUUUGGAUCAAAAACACACCAUGGUACAUCCAGCGAGAGGACCUGCGGRUACCCAUUCGAUGGUCCAGGAAAGGUCCUGGCGCACGCUUUUUUCCCAGAAGAUGGUCGCGCGCAUUUUGACGAGGACGAGACAUUCACCCACAAUACCUCAGAAGGAACUAAUCUCCUGUGGGUUGCUACUCAUGAGUUUGGYCACGCCUUAGGACUCCAUCAUACUGACGUGAAAGGUGCUAUCAUGUAUCCUUACUACACYGGGUAUGUUGCAAACAUGAAGCUMCAUAGAGAUGACAUCAAUGGCAUCCGGGCACUUUAUGGCCGCUAGAGAUGAGAAGAUACAACAGAAAAAGAAACAGGAUUAUUUAGCAUUGCGUCGAUAGUAUUACUGAGUUCUGAAACUCUACAUGUAGUCUUAUCCGUUUGGUAAAUUCAUUUAUAUUUCAAAUUGGAUGAAAAAUAAAAAUGUCUUUACUUAAAAUA